ACUUCGCGUUUUGGCAUUUAUGGUGAACGUACCAAAUAGCAACAAAAAUGCAAAGCGGUAUCAAGAAUGAUAAAAGUUCUCUACAACCUGAAUCGGCGUGUUGUAUAUUUCAUGUAUUGUUGAAGUCACAUUUUUGUUGAAAUAGUAAAUCUUUUUAAUUUUCCUGCUUAAAAAUGCCGAAAGAGCAGUUUCGCGAAGCAGAUGUCAUAAAAAAAAUUUCCCAUGUGCAAUUUUGCAUUAGCAGCCCAGAAGAAAUCCAGCAGGAAGCGCAUUUACGUAUUGUUUCAAAAAACUUGUAUCAAGGGCAACGUCAACCUGUUCCUUAUGGCGUGCUGGAUAAGCGCAUGGGUGUAAGCACCAAAGAUGCCACCUGUGAUACUUGUGGCCAGGGUUUAAAUGAGUGUAUUGGUCAUUUUGGUUACUUGGAUCUUGCUUUACCAGUAUUUCACGUAGGUCAUUUCCGUGCAACAAUUUCAAUUUUACAGAUGAUUUGCAAAAGUUGCUCGCAUGUAAUGCUUCGGGAGCAGGAUAAGCGCAUAUUCGAGAAGAAGCUGCUAAAUCCAGACCUGUCGUAUUUAGCAAAGAAGUCGUUGCACGGCCAAAUUUUAGGUAAAGCAAAAAAACUGGCAAAAUGUCCCAACUGUGAUGCUCCUAGUGGAGGCGUUAAGAAAGGUCAAGGACUACUAAAGAUACUGCAUGACCCAUGCAAAGGAAAAAAACCAGACGCUGUCAUGAGUGAUGCGCUAAACGAGUUAUUGCUAGCGACAGAAAAUAAUCGCGAACUUCAACAAACCUUAACAUCUCACAACCAAGUAGAGGAACUAAAUCCAUUAACAGUAUUGGAAUUGUUUAAAAGUAUACCGAAAAGUGAUAUACCUUUGCUUGGUAUGACUUCCGGGUAUGCUAGUCCAGCAAAUUUAAUAGUGACGCGCAUUUUUGUACCACCAGUUUGCAUACGUCCCUCGGUUUUGUCCGAAGUUAAAGCUGGAACUACUGAAGACGAUUUGACAAUGAAACAAAGCGAAAUAUUGCUCAUCAACGAUGUUAUCCAAAAACAUAUGACUGGCGGUGGCAAAAUCGAACUUAUUCAAGAAGAUUGGGACUUUUUACAACUACACGUUGCACUGUAUUUUCACAGCGAACUCUCUGGUAUUCCACUAAAUAUGGCGCCGAAAAAGAUGACACGAGGUAUUGUGCAACGCUUAAAGGGCAAACAGGGUCGCUUUCGUGGCAAUUUAUCUGGCAAACGUGUUGACUUCUCUGGACGCACAGUCAUAUCACCCGAUCCUAACCUAAUGAUACACCAAGUAGGCGUACCGGAACGCGUCGCCAAAAUACUUACCUAUCCGGAGCGUGUAAAUCCCGCAAAUAUACAAAAGAUGAAAGAGCUCGUGAAAAAUGGCACACAGAAACAUCCAGGUGCCAAUUAUGUACAACAACGGGGUUCAACAUUCAAAAAGUAUCUCGCAUACGGUAAUCGUGACAAAGUUGCGCAUGAUCUAAUGUGUGGUGACAUUGUCGAGCGACAUUUAUGCGAUGGCGAUAUAGUGCUCUUCAAUCGCCAACCCUCAUUGCAUAAAAUGUCUAUUAUGUGCCAUCAGGCUAAGGUGCAACCACAGCGAACAUUCCGUUUCAAUGAAUGCGCAUGCACACCGUAUAAUGCUGAUUUCGACGGUGAUGAAAUGAAUUUACAUUUGCCACAGACAGAGGAGGCACGUGCGGAAGCACUUAUACUCAUGGGCAAUAAAUCCAAUUUGAUUACACCUAAAAAUGGAGAAAUACUCAUUGCGGCAACACAAGAUUUCAUUACAGGCGGCUACCUAUUGACACAAAAAGACGAAUUUCUUACUAAGGAACAGGCUAUGCAACUGGCUGCAUGCUUUCUAGCUGGACCAGAUGCUAAUAUGCGGAUCGAUAUGCCACCGCCGGCAAUAUUAAAACCACGAAAACUCUGGACGGGCAAACAAAUAUUCAGUCUACUCUUGCGUCCUAACACACAAUGUCCUGUAAAGGCGAAUUUGAUAACAAAAGGGCGCAACUACACUAGUAACUACGACUUGUGUGUGCGAGAUUCGUGGGUCAUUGUGCGUAAUUCAGAACUCAUUUGUGGUUCAAUGGAUAAGAGCACACUGGGUUCUGGUACGAAAAAUUGCAUAUUCUAUGCUAUAUUGCGGGACUUUGGAGAAUUGUACGCCACCAAAUGCAUGUGGCGUUUAGCGAGGAUCGCUUCAUAUUUCAUACAAAAUCGUGGCUUCUCCUUUGGCAUCAGCGAUGUUACACCAAGCAAUAAGCUGCUGGAGGAAAAACAAAAAUUAUUGGAAAAUGGUUAUGCUAAAUGCGAUGAAUAUAUUUUAGAGAUGAAAAAGGGUACAUUACAAUGUCAACCAGGUUGUACACCCGAGCAAACGCUCGAAGCAGUAAUGUUGCGUGAGCUCUCAUCCAUUCGUGAACAGGCAGCUAAAGCUUGCUUCCGUGAGCUGCAUCCUACGAAUAGUGCACUUAUUAUGGCGCUGUCCGGUUCGAAAGGCUCCAACAUCAAUAUUUCACAGAUGAUUGCAUGUGUCGGUCAGCAGGCCAUUAACGGCAAGCGGGUGCCAAAUGGAUUUGAGAAUCGUGCUUUGCCACAUUUCGAGAAAUUCUCGGCUAUACCGGCAGCCCGUGGAUUUGUGCAAAAUAGUUUCUACUCUGGUCUGACGCCUACGGAAUUUUUCUUUCAUACAAUGGCUGGUCGUGAAGGUUUGGUCGAUACAGCUGUCAAAACAGCCGAGACUGGCUAUCUACAGCGCCGAUUAGUGAAGUGCCUGGAAGAUCUGGUCGUGCAUUAUGAUGGUUCCGUGCGUAAUGCCAUCGGUGAAAUAGUUGAGCUAAUCUAUGGUGGCGAUGGUUUAGAUCCAGUUUUUAUGGAAGUUAAAAACAAACCAGUAGACAUGGUGCGCCAAUUAAAUCAUUUACGAGCUACAGUAUCAGAUCGCAAAAGCACACCACUAGCAGCGUCUGAAAUUACGCCGGUGGCACGUAAAAUACUAGCAGAUGAUGAGUUUACCAUGAGUCGAAAAGAUUUCCAAAACGAAAUUAUUGCUUUCAUUGAAAAAGUAGCACAAAAGAUCGCGGACGUGCAGGCAAAGUACAGACGACAUCCGAAAUUGGCGCACGAAAUUGAACGCUUCACCGAAGAACAAAUUCGCACUUUUAUGCGUUGGGUCAAUGAUAAAUACAAUCGUGCCGUUACUGAGCCUGGCACGGCUGUGGGUGCCGUAGCUGCGCAAAGUAUAGGUGAGCCAGGCACACAAAUGACACUGAAGACGUUCCAUUUUGCUGGUGUUGCUUCUAUGAACAUCACACAGGGUGUACCGCGUAUUGUUGAAAUUAUUAAUGCAACAAAAACAAUUUCGACACCAAUCAUAACAGCCGAAAUUGAAAACAACACGAACAUGGAAUUUGCGCGUAAAGUGAAGGCGCGCAUUGAGAAAACAACGCUGGGAGAGAUCUCAUCGUACAUUGAGGAAGUAUACAGGCCAGAUGAUUGCUUCUUAGUCAUACGUUUGGAUUUAAAUCGUAUUCGGGUUUUAGGUUUAGAAAUUAAUGCUGAGACUGUGCGUUACUCUAUUUGCACCUCAAAAUUACGCAUAAAACCAGCGCUGGUAGAUGUUGUCGGUGCUUCAGUGAUCACAGUGCAUAUUGAUACGUCAAAACAUGGUGCCACACUCAACGCUGAAUUGCAACGUCUCACUAUAUCUAUACAGAAUGUCGUCGUAGCUGGUUUAUCGAAUAUUUCACGUGCCGUUAUCGCAAUAGAUGACGCGCGCACACCGUCCACUUACAAGCUAUGUAUUGAGGGCGCUGGUUUGCGCGAUGUUAUGGCCACGUUUGGCGUUGUGGGCACGCGCACCAAGAGCAACAACAUCUGGGAAGUGUACAAUACAUUAGGCAUUGAGGCAGCGCGCACUACCAUUAUGACUGAAAUAACCGAUGUGAUGGAAGGUCAUGGCAUGAGCGUGGAUCAUCGUCAUAUAAUGUUGCUGGCCAGUCAGAUGACCUCGCGCGGUGAGGUGUUGGGUAUAACGCGACAUGGGCUGGCAAAAAUGCGAGAGAGUGUAUUUAAUUUGGCAUCGUUUGAAAAAACCGCCGAUCAUCUAUUCGAUGCCGCUUACUUUGGCCAAAUCGAUGCCGUGGAUGGUGUUUCGGAGCGUAUUAUUCUAGGCAUGCCUGCCUCAAUUGGUACUGGACUAUUUAAGCUUAUACACAACCACGAGGACACCGCAUUGCCGCAAGUGGAACCACCAAUAUUUCAGACCGUUACAGCGUGACCCCUUUGGUGAAGUGAAUAUAAAUAUUUCGGUGAUAUUUUCGUGUUAUUUAAAAGAAAGAACUGUUAAGAAGUACUGUUAAUUUUAUGUUUGUAAGCGGCAAAACGCGAAAAAUAUAUUUAAAAAUAAUA